AGCUGUUGGGGGGGUGGGGGAAGAUGAAAAGGGAAGAGGAUUUGGAGUGGGAACUGAGGCCAGGUGGGAUGCUGGUUCAGAAGAGAGAAGAUGGUGAUAAUAAUGGUGGGGUUGGCGGUGGCGGUGGUGGUGAUUCUGGGUCAGGGUCGGCCAUGAUCAACAUCAAGGUCUGUCAUGGUUCUAACCACCACCAACUCCAUGUCCCCAUUCAAUCCACUUUUGGGGAUCUGAAGAAGCGUCUUGUCCAAGAAACUGGUUUGGAGCCCAAGGACCAAAGACUCUUGUUCAGGGGAAAGGAGAUAGAUGAUCAGGAGUGUUUGCAGCAGGUGGGGGUGAAGGAUAGAUCAAAGUUGUUGCUCUUGGAGGAAAUGGCAAGCAAAGAGAGGAAGCUUGAAGAGGCGAGAAGAAGUGAUGAGAUAUCAAAGGCAUGUAAAGCUGUCGCUGAAGUCAAAGCAGAAGUUGAUAAGCUCUUGGAAAAGGUGGUUGCCUUAGAAGCAACUGUGAAUGGUGGGACUACUGUUGAGGACAAGGAGUUUGUUGUCUUAACAGAGUUGCUCAUGAGGCAGUUAUUGAAAUUGGAUGGCAUUGAGGCUGAAGGAGAAGCAAAAGUGCAGAGAAGGGCUGAGGUUCGACGUGUCCAGAGCCUUGUGGAGAUGCUAGACACCCUGAAAGCAAGAAACUCCAAUCCAUUUAGCACUAAGAGCAAUGCGGUGUCAGUGACAACCAAAUGGGAGACAUUUGAAUCUGGACUGGGAAGCCUGACCGCCCCACCCCCAAUGCCAUCUUCCACAGCAGUGAAUCAGGAUUGGGAAACAUUUGAUUAGUCUUAAGCCUCCCGCAUUGUGUGGUAUAUGGAACUUGGUAAGGUAUACAAGUCGUAUAAUAUAAUAUGGUACCUGGAAUGAAUUUAAUAUUGUUGUAUGCUUCAUUGGUAGUUCAUAUUUUGCUGUGGGGUACAGACCUCAAGACUGUAAAUGAAACUUCAUUUUACUAGACCGACAAUUGGUACUCAUACCAUGGAUUUAUUGAAUGUUGAACUGCUUAUUAAGCAUAUUA